AUGGCAACUCCAUCGGCUCAACCACCUCAACUAACCCGUCGAAGUGCAAAGAUUGUACUGGAGAACAAAACCGGGGAGGUUUUCCGAAUGCAAGUGCUCCAUGAGUACACUGGUGAGCAAACCGACGACUCAGGAUGGUUUAAUUUUGCUCCAGAUGAGAGCCGAGUCAUGUUUGAACAUGUCUACUAUAACACUGGAUUCUUCACGACUGGGGUUGACAAUUGGAAGGUUCAUGGAUCGAAACUUGUAGAGUAUGCUGGAAAGGAUGGAAAGGGUAUACAUAUGAUUGGCAAAGUGUGGAUUGAUGGAAUUCCUUACAAAAGUUGGCAUGGACUACUCGCCAAAUGGAAGAAACACACGUUGAGAGCAGAAGAUGACGGACAAGUGACAACUAUCCGAGUGUAUCCAUCGGAAGUUCAAUUCAUUUCGCAAAGUGGAAGAUCUGUUACACCAUGGUACAGAAUUGGAGAGGAUGUUGGAAAGAUUUGAGUUAAUUUCCAUGGCUGUCAAUUGAGAAAUCAUGGUCUUUGACUUUUAUUGUGAUAAAGUUUAAAACAUUGAUAA